GCCGAAACCGGGAGGGAGGGAGUGGGCUUUCCGGAGGGGGGGAGGGGGGAGGGAGGCGCAGCAGGAGGAGUAAGGAGAGAGGGGCAAAGAAAGAGGAAAAGAGUGCGAGGGAGUGAGGGAGGGAGGAAAAUAAACAACAAAAAAAUGUCCUCUUCCUCCCCCACCGGGCAGAUCGCAAGUGCGGCGGACAUCAAGCAGGAGAAUGGGAUGGAAAACGCCUCGGACGGGCAGGAGGCGCCCCGAGAAGUGGCGGGGGGCGCGGCGGCGCGGCUCACCCCCCCGGCUCCAGCGCCGUUCCCUCUGGAGCCGGGGGACGCCGCGGCCGCCGGGGUGAGCGGAGAGGAAGGGGCGGCGGCGGCGGCGGCGGCGGCGGCGAGCGGAGCAGCGGCGGCCGAUCAGGUACAACUCCACUCGGAACUUCUGGGCCGGCACCACGCCGCCGCCGCCGCCGCCGCUGCUGCCGCCGCUACCCCUCUGGCCUUCUCGCCCGACCAUGUCGCCUGCGUGUGCGAGGCGCUGCAGCAGGGGGGCAACCUGGACCGCCUGGCCCGGUUCCUGUGGUCCCUGCCCCAGAGCGACCUGCUACGUGGCAACGAGAGCCUGCUGAAGGCGCGGGCGCUCGUGGCCUUCCACCAGGGCAUCUACCCCGAGCUCUACAGCAUCCUGGAGAGCCACAGCUUCGAGUCGGCCAACCACCCGCUGCUGCAGCAGCUCUGGUACAAGGCGCGCUACACCGAGGCCGAGCGCGCCCGCGGCCGGCCGCUGGGCGCCGUGGACAAGUACCGGCUGCGCAGGAAAUUCCCCCUGCCCCGCACCAUCUGGGACGGCGAGGAGACGGUGUAUUGUUUCAAGGAGAAGUCGCGCAACGCGCUCAAGGAGCUCUACAAGCAGAAUCGCUACCCCUCGCCCGCCGAGAAGCGGCACCUGGCCAAGAUCACCGGCCUCUCCCUCACCCAGGUCAGCAACUGGUUCAAGAACCGCCGGCAGCGCGACCGGAACCCGUCGGAGACCCAGUCCAAAAGUGAGUCCGAUGGCAAUCCCAGCACUGAAGAUGAGUCCAGCAAAGGACAGGAGGACCUGUCUCCUCACCCUCUCCCGGGUUCCUCCGACGCCGUCACCAACCUCAGCCUGUCCAGUCACAUGGAGCCCGUGUACAUGCAGCAAAUUGGAAAUGCUAAGAUAUCGUUAAGCUCUUCUGGAGUUUUGUUGAAUGGAAGCUUAGUACCUGCAAGUACUUCGCCUGUUUUCCUUAAUGGUAAUUCUUUCAUUCAGGGACCCAGUGGAGUCAUCCUAAAUGGAUUAAAUGUGGGAAACACACAGACAGUGUCCUUGAACCCACCAAAAAUGUCAACCAACAUUGUGAGCAAUGGGAUCUCCAUGACGGACAUCCUGGGGCCUACCUCCCAGGAUGUGAAGGAAUUCAAAGUGUUGCAGAGUUCUGCAGCCAACGCGGCAGCCACCACCUCCUACAGCCCCAGUGCCCCAGCGUCAUUCCCAGGGCUGAUCCCCAGCGCGGAGGUGAAAAGAGAAGACAUUCAAACAGUGGCCUCCCAGGAGGGAAGCUCUGUGGUGACUUUCACGACCCCAGUGCAGAUCAACCAGUACGGCAUUGUCCAGAUCCCCAACUCCGGAGCCAACGGCCAGUUCCUUAAUGGGAGCAUUGGAUUCUCUCCGCUGCAGCUGCCUCCUGUCUCAGUGGCAGCUUCCCCAGGUAAUAUUUCCAUAAACUCAAGCACUUCAGACCGGAGCGCAUUCACCAGCGAGUCUGCCCCAGUGCAGCAGGGCAAGGUUUUCUUGAGCUCUCUGGCUCCCAGUGCAGUGGUAUACACUGUUCCCAAUUCUGGCCAGACUGUGGGAUCUGUGAAACAGGAAGCCUUGGAGAGGAGCCUGGUGUUUUCCCAGUUGAUGCCCGUCAAUCAGAAUGCACCAGUAAAUGCAAACCUGCCACCUGAAAACCUCUCGGGCAGUGGCCUCCACCCACUGGCCUCCUCGUUGGUGAAUGUGUCCCCAACUCCCAGUUUUUCCCUGACUUCCCCUGCACUGCUAACUUCCACUGAGCUCAACCCUGACAUCGCCGAGAACCAGCCCAUGCCUGCACCUGUGGCAGGCAAAUCCGCAGGGACGGCGGUCAGCAGCGCUAACUAUGCAACUCUUCAGAACUGCUCCCUCAUUACUGGUCAGGACCUGUUGUCCGUGCCUCUGACCCAGACUGCCCUGGGGGAAAUUGUUCCUACCUCGGAAGACCAGGUGGGCCACGCCUCCCCGGCAGUGCACCAGGAUUUUGUCGGAGAGCACCGUUUGGUUCUGCAAUCAGUAGCUAACCUGAAAGAGAAUUUCUUACCAAAUUCUGAGAACAAAGCAGCAAGCAACCUCAUGAUGCUGGACGCCAAAUCUAAAUAUGUCCUAGAAGGCAUGGUUGAGACUGUGUGUGAAGACCUGGAAACAGACAAAAAAGAGCUUGCCAAGCUCCAGACUGUCCAACUGGAUGAAGAUAUGCAAGACUUAUGAACUUCGUGUGCCCCUCCCCUCCCUUUUUGGCAUCAGGGGCAGAUGUUUUCCCAAAGCCCUGAGGACACAAAGCAUUUCCCCAUUCAAAGGAAAACACUACUUUUGCAAGCAAAUGCAUUCAAGAGACUUUAGAUCUACAUGAAGAUCACAGUUAAAUAUAUAGAGUAGAACUGCAUUACUGCAGCCUUUUUGUUCACAUACAAUGAUCUCUCUUAAAUAGGUGGAGACAGAAGAAUCAGAUGAAAUGUCUCAAGGCAAAGUGUACCCUUUAGUGGACAAUAUCAUUCUAAAGUGAAAAUGGAACUUGAUAAUUUUUAAAUUAAAAAUGUAUACACGUAACAUAGAAAACUAAAUAUAGCUGCAGACCAUUAGAAACAAUGCAAUUAUUUUUGUUUACUUUUAUUCCAUGGGCAUUGAUAAGGUUAAGCAUAAAUGGUACUCCAAACUGUUCUAAGGGUGUCUUUUUAAAGUUCAGUAGCUUAAUUAUAUAUUUGUGUGUAGGUAGUCAGAGACACACUUCUCUUUUUCAGCAUUUUUGGUUUAGGUCUCUACACAUUUCCAAAUGUGAUUGCUUAUAGCUCAGUGCGGCUGAGCAAGUUGGAAACCCCACGAAAACUCUGAAACAAACUUCAGUGUGAAUGUAAAUAUAUCAGUUCUAUACGCAGGCUUUGAGUAAUUACAGUGAAUUUUAUUUAUACUGUAUGUGUUCCUCUUACACUUCAGGCGCUAUGAACUGAAAAGAAAAAUGUUUUCUUACUGUUUAAUUUAUUUUUAUUGUUUGAACAGGAAGUGAACAUAGUUGUUUCCAACAAAGUUUUACUUUUUGUAGGAUUUUAAAAACAAUGAUUUUUUUAUCAGGAGUCUCUUAAGGUCAAUGUUAAUAACACUGAAAACCAGAAAUCUAACUCCCAAUAUUGGAAUUUUGGUACUUUUUUCAAAUCUUUGUUCUUUAUUUAGCAACUCUGAUUCAUUUAAGUAUGUUUUCUAUAGAAUUCUACGUGCCUUGUUACCUUGUGGCCUUUUAAUUAGCAGUAAGGUACGGAACUGUCCAUGGAAGCACUGAUGGUUCUUUUCUACUAUCUAACAGGGUUAAUUUCACCACAAAAUUACUUUAUAACUGAGGAAGCUAAGUUUCACUAAAUUUUAAGUAUAAAGUUGAUCAUGCAAAUUGAUGAACAGCUAAUUAUUGUUGCUACUUUCUACUAUAUUGAAAAUAAGAAUGGCAUUGUAGAUACCAUGUAAAAGCAAUUCUUCAGGCUAUGAAAACAACCAUUGUAGAGUAAAACAAGAAUAUGUAAAUUCUCUUGAGCAAAAUCCUGUUGAAACUUCAUUCUAAUAGUUUUGAAUCAGUUGUUACACAAUGAUACAUGACUGUUUUUUGCACUAUAUUAUCGUGUCUUCUUUAAAAGUAAAUAUUUUGGGUUUCUGUAAGACGCUUGUUUGAUGUUAGGAGCUGUGGUGGUAGUUUUUAUCAGGACUCACUGCAAGGUGUAACAAUGCAAUACAAGUGUGUAGGGAGGAAAGUUACUCUGUGGUCUUGCGAGAAAAGUCUCUCUUCAGAGAUGACUUGAAGUUGUUGAACAUGAACGUGUCUCCACUUCUUCCUUUCCUUAAGGUCAGAGCAGAGGGUCCACUCUGGAUCUCGCCGUGCCCAUCGGCUGAGCACGUGGAGUAAGGGGCAGAGAGAGUUCUCCUGUGGUGUUCGUGUAGACGGAACCUUCAAGCUUCUGUUGACAGCCCUAUGACUUCCCCUCUCUGCUGUUUUGAAAAAGAACUUACAUGCCAUGUGUUAUGGAAUUGGUGGAUAUUCAUAAUCUGCUGAAGUUCUGUGUUUUCUGUUUUGUUUUUUUGCAGUCAGGUGAUUUAGGGUUCUGCUCCACUCCACCACUACUUAACACAGCUUGCUUUUUCCCAGGGUGUGUGUCGAUCGCAUUACCGAGAUGAAUGACAUGGUUCUGUAGUGUAGUUUACAUGAAAAUAAGAUUUUCCACUUGAUUGCUACAGAUAUCAAUAGUACCCAUCCAACAAAGGAGAUGGGGACAUUUAAUAAGUUAUACAAGUUUUAUAUAUAUAUAUACAUAUAUAUAUAUAUAAAAAUCUGGAAAAGUUUUAUGUCUUCCAAAAUAUAUAAGCUUCUCUUUUAUUCAGAGUUCUUCCUCUUUUCUCCCUUACGAGAAAGAAAAGAUAGCACAAAACUUAAGACUUACCUAGGAAACUCAUUCAUUCUCCUAACAUGAUGUAAUUUUAACCCUACAAUUACUCCAGGUAGCUAUCCAAUAUUCCAGGUAAGACUCAAUGCACAUUACAAAGAACGUACUGUUCUAUUCUUUCAGUAAAGUAAGGGCCAGUUGGUCUGUAGCCCAUGUAUAUGUGAAUGGAAUAAGAUAAACCCCAUGACCUCCUUGCACAAAAUUGCAAAUGUGUUUGCAAUGCCAAGGGCCGGCCUCAGAAACCCUUGGAGUUCAUGUGGCAGAAUUUCCCUGUUACAUAAACCAAUGCUUGAAGAUGCUGCAACAGACCCCUCCUGACCCCUGAAGAGGACUCAGUAGGGGCGAAUAACUCCCUUCAAACCCGACCCCUGCUUCUGGCUGUGGGAUUUUUGGUGUGAGCCUAUCUAUGCACUCUAUCAGCCAGCGUUUGGCAUUUAGCUCUUAGUUCUAUCUAGUAAAGGACAGUCUAUUUAGAGAGGUGCAUCUGUUCCUCAGCCAGGCAAGAGCACCUGUGUUACACUACUUUGUAUCAUGUAUAUUGACAUAAAGACUUUGGAUUAUACACUUUUCAGUGCCUUUCUUGUGUCAUGAAAGGCGGGUAGAUGUUAUAGCCAUAGGUAAAAAUCCAGUUAAAUUGCACACUAACCUUCAGUCUCCCUGUAUAUGCCCUUGUAUCUUGCAUGUGAAAAGUUGGAUUAUUGGGCACGUGUGGCAGCCUUCCCUGCCACAUGCUAGGCAUGUGUGCAUUAUUAGUACGUAGCCACAAGUUCUUCACUUAAAACACGUUGACAGCUGAUCUCAUAAAACAUUCAGGAAAGCUGGGAAAAGAAUUUCAUUUUACAAAAGAGGUUUCAAAGUCUUCCUAAAAGGUAGUCAGUAGAGCUUAAAAGUUAUUUUGUAUCUAAUUGGUACAUUUCGUGUUAAUUGAAUAUUACUACCAUACAGUUUAUUAACCAGAAUUGUAUAGCAUGUGACUCUUGCCUUUCAGGGUUCUCAAAAAAAAUUUUUUUUAUUCUUUCGUUGCAUGUACUGUAUCUUUAGAGGCAACCAGUUAUAUACUCAGUAUGGUUUUACUGUGCCUUACACAAAGAGAAACUCUAUACAGAAUGUCUAUCCUGGGGUGGGGUGACUGAGUCUUUACUGCACUGUUAGGUGAUGGCACACAGAGCCUGUCCCAGGACACUCCUGUGCUUAAUUACCCAACCAAAGAGAUCUAGAGUAUGUAUGUUGUACUGUAAUGGGGGGUUAUGCCUGGACAAUUAAGUGUUUUAUUUGUUUUCUGAAAUGAUGUGAACUUAUUUUUCUAAACACUAUGCUAAAUAAACUUUAUAUUUAUACAUA